AUGGUGUAUCGGUUAGGAGCCUUCGACAACUUUGGCCUUCAACCCACCCUUCCUGACUUAGAGGGGGAUCUCCUCUUCCUAUUGGACAGCUCAGGCAGCGUCUCCUACUAUGAAUUCUCCAGGAUCAAAGAGUUCAUCGCUGAACUGCUUCUCCCGUUUACCUUUGGACCUCACGAUGUCCAGACCGGCAUCGUCCACAUCAGUACCAUGCCCAUCCUGGAGUUCCCCUUUGACCGGCAUUUCUCCACCGGGGCCAUCCAGCAUGCCAUCCGCAACAUCCAGCAGGUGAUGGGGGACACCAACACCGGCCAAACCAUUUCCUUCGCCAAGGAGAAGCUCUUCACGGCGGAAGCGGGGGCCCGUCCCAACGUCCCCAAAGUGCUGGUGUGGGUGACCGAUGGCUUCUCCAAGGGCGACGUCACCCAGCCCAUGCAGCUUCUGAAAGACAUGGGGGUCACCGUCUUCAUUGUCAGCACGGGGAGGGGCAACUACCUGGAGCUCUCGGCUGCCGCCAGCCAACCGCCGGAGAAGCACCUCCACUUUGUCGAUGUGGAUGACCUGGGCCUCAUCACCAAGGAGCUGCAGGAUUCCAUUGCAGCCAUCAUCCAAGCCAAGCGCCUGAAAGCCACGGACAUCACCGCAAGCAGUUUCCGCCUCACUUGGCCCCAGCUUCUGACGCGGGACACCGGCUACUACAUUUUGGAGUAUGCCCCGAGUGGUGAACCCCGGCGGAAAGUGACCAAACAACUCACCGGGGACCACACCAGCCUUGUGGUGGCUCAACUGGCCUCACAAACUGACUAUGAGGUUGUCCUCAUCCCAGAAUCCAACGAGAAAUACAUCCCGCCACAAACCACCAGAGUCACCACUCUGGAAGACGUGGUCAGCCCAGCCCAGAUUCUUAUCUCGGAGUCCAAACCCCACAGCAUCCGGGUCAGCUGGUCCCCCAUCCUAGAGACGGUGGCCGCCUAUCAAGUCAUGUACGGCCCCCUGAAUGACAAUUUAGUCCAGCUGCAAGAGGUGGACGGGAGUCUCAAUAGCACCGUCCUGGAAAACCUCCUGGCCAACACCAGCUACUUGGUGACGGUGUCCGCCAUUUAUAAGUCUGGCAAGGAGAAAGCCCUCUCAGCCAAAGCCUGCACACGGGAAGAAUACUCCAAAAUAAAGCACCUCCAUUUUGAAGAUCUGAGCCCCAGCUCUGUAAAGGCUUCCUGGGAUCCAGCAGAAGGAGACGUGUUGGGUUACCGUGUUCGGUGUCGGAGGCAAGCUGGCUCUUCGACCCUCCUCAGCGUUUCACCACAGAUCCACAGUGUUCUGCUGUCAGAUCUGACCCCCGGCAGCAACAGCAAAGUGUGUGUGAAGCCUGUGUACAGAGCCCGCCCUGGGAAAGGACUGUGUCGAAUGAUCCAUCGGCAGCCUGCUUCAGCCACAGGUGGCUACAGGCACCGUCAGAGAGUGUGAGAAUUUGUGAGCAAAAUAUUUGUGGGUCAGAAGACGAGGAUAACCUGGGAUAGCCUAGGUAUCAAGACACCAGGAUGAGGAAGGCUACAGCCCCUUUUUAAACCUCUGGUUUUAAAGUCCUCUUUUGCCACUGACUUUUGCCUACAAAUGCCCCGAUUUGUCUCGUUUACAGAAAACAGCUUCAUGGGGAUAUUGGAUCUUGCUAGAAAAAGACGUCCUUGCUCACCGAGUUUCCUUUCCUUUCUUUGGAAUACCGGCGAAAGACUCAAGUCCCGCUUCUUUUGCACUAUUUAUUUGGGUGUUGUAUUAAAUGGGAAGGAGCAGAGAAAGCAAACGGAUCUUGGUUCUUUUCUCACAAGGAAGUGAGAACAUUCACCUUCUGAUUUGCAUUCCGAAUUCUAAGAACGUCUUUCUGCUUCAAAAGCUAUUGCAGUUCGGGGGGGGGGGGGGAGGGGAGGGGGGAAGCAAUUAGAAACCCAAGGCAGAUCCCAAAUGAUUUCUCGGUUAUUGUCCAAGGCCCAAAAUCUUAACUGUUGAACGCUGUUGUCAACUGAAUUAAGCACAUAUGAAUGAAUCCCAAAGAGACUGAGGGAGCGUCGAGAGCAAAACCACUGGCCCCCUGAUAUUUCCUGUUUUAUUUAUCCACAUUUGCUCUGCCCUUGGAAGGAAAUAGUUAAGACUGCCAGGAUGUCAAACUCUUUUUCAGGCUGAGUGUCACCUUAACCUUUGAGCACUGUGCCAGGAUCCACAUUCCAAGAAAUAGGUGGAUCAGAAAAACAGAUCUAGCAAUGGCAGGACAUAAUAUGUGACCGAAUAAAAUUGAGAGAUACGGUUACUGGACAGUAAACUAGUAGGGCGAUGAACAUGCUUAAUCCCAGUCUAUUUUGGGUGGCAUCAAAAAUUACAUUUGUUGGGGGGGGGGGGGAAAUGCAACCAUUUAGAGAAAGUUGAGCACCCCCGCCAUAGAUACCAGGGAGCAAUUAACUGAUAAACAGAGAUAAAGACAGACAUCAAAGGAUAGCUAAGAUGCUCAGAACGUUUUGGGGAACAAGGUAAUGUAUAUUGUGGAAACGCAGACAGGGAGCAUUACACGGGGCUGGAUCCAUCAGUGUCUGCCUGAAUUGAACAGUGGCCUAUGCAGUAGAAAUAUUGUAAAUUUCUGGAAAUGUGAGAGAGGUGGCUGGGCCGCCUCAAACCUGAGAUCGUCCAGCAAAAUCACACGUUUGGUUCAGAAGACACAACCUGAAGCACUUUUUCACGCAAAGUGAUGGGCGUCGGAAAUGUUGUUCCUUAGCUGUGUUGGUCCUUUGGGGAAAAGUAGCUUGCAAAUUACCAUAAUCUGGCCAGUUUGUGCAGCACUGCCAGACAAUUGGAGCUUAGGACCUUUUGUUAAGGCAGCGAACAAACUUGUUUGAAAAAUACAGUAUUAUCAUGACCAUCCUGGGUGGCAGAUCCCAACAGAUUUGCGGAGCACCCAGCUGGAGAUGGUGGACCUAAAAAUAUGCAACCAGAGAAUCUCUACCGUAAAUCACUGCAUUUAGACAACUAGUCCCUCAAGAUGAAGUUCAGCUAGAAUCCCAAAAUGCUUGUUUUCCACGCAUGUUUUGUUUAACUGUUUCAACGUGGGAGCCCCCGUCUGCAUGAGAAUUGAACUAGCCCAAACAAUGGUGGAAUUUCUCAGCCCAAACUAGUUAACAGAAAGGCAGGUGUUGUUUUUGUU